UUCAAGGCAUACACCAGGCUGAGAGUAUGUGUCUCGCUGAGAGGUUCUAGCAACAUAUAAUUCGGAAAGUGAGAUCCUCACAAACACGAAAAUGAUAAUUGAAACAAUACCUCCGUCAUACGAACAUGCCACCACCAGAGAUGCCUGGUCCAUCGUUGCUCGUUAUAUACCUUCCAGUGAUCUCUGCGCUGUCGCGCUCGUCUGCAGGAGAUGGCACGAGCUAUUCAUGCCGUUUCUCUGGGGAGACCCAGCCUCCCAUUUUGGGACGGAAAAUGAUGCGGUCUAUGUCGCUCUCACCCGCUUUCGAAGAACCCUGAAACGAGCACGGCUCAGCGUCAGGAUGCUGACCCAUACUCUCCAUCUGCCUCCCGCUCUUUCGGAGAUCUACGAUGGCCCCCGUCCGGAGUGGCUCAAGGAGGUCCUAGAUUAUCUCCCGUGUCUCCAAUCUCUGAUAGUGUCGGAGCUGCCUUUCUUUGACCAUAAUGCCAUGGUUGCUUUGAAGCAGAAUUCCCACAGUGGGCAGACCGGCAGGCAUGAUUCUCUGCGGACGUACAACCUCCGCCUGUUGAAGGCAGAGCGAGAGCCCAAUACAACCUCCGUUGGAAUUGCAGAAGCCUUAUUACGGUUUCCCGCCCUGGUCUACCUCGACCUGUCUUAUACCACCUCUGCAAGGGACAGAACAGUCCUCUCUACAUUAUCCCUGUUGGAAGAUCUCCAGGUGCUCAAGUUGCGGGGCAUAGGUCUCAAGGACAGCGACGCAGAGUUUCUGGCGAAUGCCAUCGGCAGUCGCGUACGGUUUCUGGAUAUUCGGAACAACCUACUCACUGAUAUGGCCAUCAGGUCGUUGAUGCAGGCUUGCUUAGGAUCUCCAGCAAUAUCUUCGACUGAGACGCAAACAGAUCCAGGAAUCCAAGGACAACAGCCCACCAGCCAUUCGGCGUUGAGCCCUUAUAGCACCUAUAUACUCAACCGUGCUGAUUUGGAUGAGCUGAUCUUAAGUCAGUUAACGCGUCCUCUGACAGGGAGGUCCCUCGUCGAGAGCUUACCACACGUCGGGGUGACCCACCUCUUCAUAUCUGAUAAUCAGAUAACCCUCGAAGGAGUUGCAAGUCUGAUAGCUUCCAAGAAACUGCAUGUGCUUGAUGUUGGAACAGUGGAUACAGCCGAAUCUAUCAGAAAGCGCCAGCAGAUCAGGGGGGCCACGGAUCCCUCUAGUUUCCCUGGCGCUGAGAAAUUGAUUCCUGUAUUAGGGAGAUACGGAGAGGAAACACUGACUUAUCUUCGUGCUCAUCAUGCGAUAGUGACGGCAGAUGCUCCGGUCAAGGAUGUGGCACCUCUCAGUGCUUUGUUACCAGAACUUCCGGGCGAGACAACGAGUCCGGAUCAGAGACAUGCGGUAGAGCUUCCUUCAACGCAUGAGAUAUUCGAACUGCCUGCCGACACUGAGUUCCGGGUUGAGCUAGAGGACACGUCGAUCAGGCCUAUUGCUGAGUCCUACGCUGAACCAAAACGGGACAGUAUUCGGAAGCCCUAUGAAGACGAGCCAUUAGGUCAAGUGAGACGGGGCUCUGUUUUUGCACCAGAAGUGGUCAAUGAUGAUGUAUUCGACGAUGAAGAUGCCCUUUUGGGCGCCACAGGAGCAGGCUCCCACGAGAGUUCUACAAGCUCUCUUGAUCCGCGAAGCCGGAAGAUCCAAGAACUGAUUUCAAAAAGACCGAAAAAUAAUGGCGUUCCUCGACGGGGCAGCGCAGCUUAUACCUUCCCCUAUCUUCAUCCUUCUCAUAUACCUCACAUUGAUACAUUGGUCCUGACCGACGUCCCGUCAACUGUGCCCGCAAAUUCCCCAAUACUAGCUUCCUUGAUUCGUUUCAUAACCGCUUGCUCAGAUGAGGCAUUGUUGGCCAUUCUUCAAUCAAAAUCCGAUUAUUCUCUCCCUCCGGGUCGAGCUCGACUUACUGCUGAGAAGCAGCAAGCGAGGAGUCUCUUCGCGCUUCGACGGCUAGUACUUGAGAUUGCUCCUGACCACAAAAAGAACCGCCAAAAGCCAAAUUCCUGGAAACCACUUGAUACAAGACUUAACUCAACCACAGGAGACCGAGAUUCAGAGCAACUUUGGUCCGCAGCCGUGGACGAUUUCAGCUUCUUCGAAGGUGAAUGCGGUAUUCCUGACAAUGACCAGGGAAAAUACUUCCCCAUGGCAAUUUUGAAUCAAAAAGUCAGUCUUACUCCUGAAGACGACGACUCGAUCCGCUCUGCACAUUCGGGACUCGGCUCUCCUCGAUCAGCAACGGGUCUAACCCCCAGUCCAAGCACCCACUCUUGGGGAGCGUCACCGUCGAACAAUGAUGAGCGCCAUUCUAGAUACGCAGGCAGCGAGAUAGAGCGACAGCAGUAUCCCAAAGAGCUCCAAAUCGAUCUCGUCGCUGCACUAGCAGCCUUCCGGCGAUCGAAGAAAGCAGAAUACGAGGCACUUCUCAGGGCACAUCGAGAACAAAGGCACGUUUCUGGAGACGCAUCGUCUCUCCUGUCGCCUCGUUUUACAAUGUCCUCCUUGUCUGGAUAUCCGUCUCCAUCGCUGCCUCCAACCCCGACGACCCCCACGUGGCCAGUUCGGCCUAUCCCACUUUCUGUGGAGGGACACUGGAAGGGUGAAGUGAAGAUCGUGAGGAAUGCGGAGCCUCGGGGCAGAAGUGGCGUUGUGGAUAUGUACGGUAAUUACUUCGAGAAGGGGUAUCUAUACCCUUAAAAGGAAAAUAAGAGUAGCAUGAAUGCCAACAUCUACAGUUUGCUUAAGAUACUUACGGUCUAAUGGCCAUUUCACUCCAUAGAGGUGAAUAUGGGGGUUUACAGAU